AUGGAAGCAUCACAACAAUUUUAUACAACAACAGUUGAACAGGUUGGAAAUAAAGAAUUACCCUUAUCACCACCACAACCGCAACCAAGAAAAAUAGAACAAAAAGGUGCAGCAAAAGAACUUACAAUGGUAGAAGAAUUAAAUAGUGUGAAAUUGCGCUCAACACAAGGUCGAAAAGAACGAUCGCAACUUGAGGAAGUAAGUAAAGGUGCGAACAAGGAAGCGAGCAAUAAAGAGAAAGAACUGCAGAAAAUAAUUGCUCUACAUCAGAAUAUAGGAAUGAUAAUGCCUACUAAAGAACAUAUGGAAGAGAUCCGUGACACGAUCGGUUCAGCAAAAUCAGCGAGUAAAAUUUUAGCAAAUUUUAAACAUCCUGUAGUAAAAGAGGAACAAAUUAAUCUCAAUCAAAAAUCUUCACCACAAGAAGUGCAAGAGUGGUUAACUGCAAAAGGAUUUAGUGUUAGAGUACAAGAAUUGCUUGAAGAUCUUAAUGGUAUUUAUUUAUUUUCUUUAAGUCGCCCGAAACUAAUUCAAGCAUGUGGAACAGAAGAAGGUAGCCGAUUAUACAGCCAAAUUUUGCUGCUGAAAAAUAAACUCAAAUAUCAAACGCCAUCUCGAAUGGAACUAAAUGCUAUAUUGAGACACAGAAAAGCGCAUGCUGAAAGAAAUGAUACACCAAAUGAUAAAGAAUAG